GGUUACCGGAGCGGUUCAAAUCGCUUUUGGAAGUAGCUCCAGCGAUUAGGUUUUACAGCCAAGAUCAGGAGAUAUAGAUGAAUCCGAUGAUGGAUCAGAAGAAAUCUCCGAGCAUUGAACAAUCGAUGGAAUCCAUGUCUGAAAGACUCUCCAAUCUAGAAACUCUCUACUUUCCUCGCGCUCUCCAAUCUGCCGCCACUACUCCAUCCGACCGCAAAUCCCUCCUUCUCGAUCUCCUCUCCCGCGAUGCGGCCGUCUUCUUAGAACGAUAUGGAUCACAACUGACUUCAGACGAGCUCAACGAAUUAUCUGUAUUGAAUGAUGAUUAUGAAAUCAACUGGCAUCUGAAUCAUUUGCGAAGUUUGAUUAGUCCUACAGCUGAUGAAUUGAAAUCGAAAUCAGCUCAAAUAAAGAAUAGGAGGUUGGCUUACAUGGAUAAGUUGGUGAUUGCUGGACAUUAUUUUUCAGAGGAUGCUAUGAGGGAGAGGGAGCCUUAUUUGCACCAUGAGUAUGUAGGGAAGUUUCAGGAUCCUAGUGGGAGGAACAUGGCUAGACCUGGUGAGAAAUGGUCUGAAACGCUUAUGAGACGAUCUGAAGAAGCUAUUUUGGUUGCGAAGAUUAGAGGGGAGCAGCAGAGGUUGGGUGUGGCUGAGUGUGAUUGGGUUGGGAAUGAGAUAGAACAACCCGAGGAGGAAGAAGAAGAGGAAGAAGAAGAAGAUGAAGAUGAAGAUGAAGAAGAGUUUGGUGCUGUUGGGAGUUCACAUCCUUCACAGGCUGUUGUAAAUAAAUCAGCGCAGACUGCGACGGAGGAGGAGAUGCAGGAUCAAAUGAACCAAUUGACAGUGAUAAUGCAGCAAAAGUUUUUAUCAGGCGAAGAUCAUCAGCACUUAGAUUACACUAAGAUAGAUGAGGAUGAGACUUUGGAUGAUUGUUGGCAGAGAGGAGCUAAUCAUGAUGCAGAAGAGAAGUAUUUUGGUACUGACUAAUUAUGAUAUGUUUGUAUAUGACUUGAUCUUCAAUCUUCUUAAUGUUACAAGAAGGAAAUCCUAGUUCAAUGUGUCUUUUGUUUGUCAAUCUGAUUUGGGGAUUGUUGUUAUAAAUGUAAAUGCAGGAAAGAGCACACAUUUCCUUCCAUUUUUUAGGAAGAAAAGGA